GCAGUUCUGGUUCACUGCUGUCUUCAAAAGCAGAUCACCUACACUCUGUAAACAACCUAAAAGGGCCUAGAGAACAACAGAAGUAGUGGAAUGCAGUGACUUACAUGGGAGGAAUGACUGAGUGUGCUCUGGAGUCUGGAAAAGAGAUGGAUGAAGACAGAUAUGACAAAGACCUGUAAAAUACCAAGUGAUGCUGGGGUGAAUAGACACUAGUUGUUUGCUGAUUGUUCCAACUCAAAAGCUAGGGACCACCAAGUGGAACUAGUGCCUUUGCGGAGUAACAGAACAGAUCUUCUUUGCAGAGCCUGAGGGUACAGAGGACGCUAAACUUUGACAUAGGCACAAAAAUUGUGCGGACAAAUGAAUAGAAGAAAAUUCCAUCAAGGAUUUUCAACUAAUGCUGCCUCUAGCUUUGAACAUCAAUGAAAGGCUGGGGCUAGGAAAGUAGGAGAAAUACCACUAUCUACUUAUGUAGGUCCUUACAGAUCCUUUUCCCUUGAUGGUCAAAGAUCACCCCCCAGGUGGGCACAGCCUGGUGAUGCUUUUGCCUAGGACAAAUGAUCUGAGACAGCCAUGGGGCUCCUCCUCCUGGAUCUGAGGGGGACAGCUUGGCCACGGACAGGAAGAAGCCAAUGAGGCAGACCCAGAACUUGGCAGGGCUUGGGAUGGAAAGAUUAAAAACAAAGAGGUGAGGGCACAAGUGCUUCCAGAACCCCCGUCAGAAGCUCUAGAGGUCUUCAGCUUCUCAGUGUAUUCGUAAGCAGGAUACCAGACCAAACGGACCUUUGAUCAGGCCAAGUACGAUCUUGCUAAAGGCUUUGACCAGCUACAGCACAUUACCAAGCAGUCAGGCAAGAAAUGGCUGCACAGCUUUUAUUAGAGGUGCCUACAUUUGCAUAACUGAGCAGUCACAUCAGUGCCCUUUCUAUUUCACACCUCUCUCCCUGGAUUUCUCUCCCCAGAAUCAAGGUUGCCGCACAAGGAAGAGCCACCUCUAGGUCAGAAAGAUGGGGGAAAUGGAACAGAUGAAGCAGGAGGCUGAGCAGCUGAAGAAGCAGAUUGCGGAUGCCCGGAAAGCCUGUGCAGACACAACGCUUGCUCAGAUCGUGUCCGGUGUGGAGGUUGUUGGCCGCAUCCAGAUGCGGACCCGAAGAACCCUGCGUGGGCACCUGGCCAAGAUCUACGCCAUGCACUGGUCCACAGACUCCAAACUUCUGGUCAGUGCCUCACAAGAUGGGAAACUGAUCGUGUGGGACACAUACACAACUAACAAGGUUCAUGCCAUCCCUUUGCGUUCUUCCUGGGUCAUGACCUGUGCCUAUGCUCCCUCGGGCAAUUUUGUGGCCUGUGGAGGCCUUGACAACAUGUGCUCCAUCUACAGCCUCAAGACUCGUGAAGGCAACGUCAAAGUGAGCAGGGAGCUCUCAGCCCAUACAGGUUACCUCUCCUGCUGCCGAUUUCUUGAUGACAACAACAUUGUGACUAGCUCUGGAGAUACCACAUGCGCGCUCUGGGACAUUGAGACAGGGCAGCAGAAGACGGUGUUCCUGGGUCACACCGGUGACUGCAUGAGCUUGGCCGUCUCCCCAGACUUCAAACUCUUCAUCUCUGGGGCUUGCGAUGCUACAGCCAAACUGUGGGACGUGCGAGAGGGCACCUGCCGCCAGACCUUCUCAGGGCACGAGUCUGAUAUCAACGCCAUCUGUUUCUUCCCUAACGGUGAAGCCAUCUGCACCGGCUCCGAUGAUGCCACCUGCCGCCUCUUUGACCUCCGGGCAGACCAGGAGCUUAUCGUGUACUCUCAUGAGAGCAUCAUCUGCGGGAUCACAUCCGUCGCCUUCUCCCGCAGCGGGCGCCUCUUGCUUGCUGGAUAUGACGACUUCAACUGCAACAUCUGGGACUCCCUGAAAGCAGAGCGUGUGGGAAUCCUUUCUGGCCAUGACAACAGAGUGAGCUGCUUGGGGGUGACAGCAGAUGGCAUGGCCGUUGCCACCGGCUCCUGGGACAGCUUCCUCAAGAUCUGGAACUGAAGCCAGAAGCAGAGAGGGAAAGAGCACAGAAGCAUGGUCCACAACCAGAGCCCAUGCAAACAGCAUUGUCAGCUGAGCACAACGAAAUGCCUACCUAUCACUCCCGCUUGUCUCUAGACACAGGUCGCUUG